CGCGGCGGCGGCAUCAAAGGGAUCCUCCGGAACAAGACAGACGCGUUAGCUUUGUGCCCCGUGUUUGUCACUCAUCGCCGUAGAACAAACGUCCAAAGCAAAUAAACGAGUAGAGCGGCGUCAGUGUACCUACACACACACCAGUAACUACACGCCAGGCUACGAGUAGGAAGAUGUGCUGAGAAGGGCGGUGUAAGCGGAGCGCACGAGUGGUGCCGGGGCGCCGCCAUGGAGGACCCGGAGCGGAUCGCGCGGGACGGGGCCGCGUGCGCCGCCCUCAACAACGGCAGCGAGCCGCCCGCCGGCGCCUACUGCGAGGGCACCUUCGACACGUGGCUGUGCUGGCCCCACACCGCCGCCAACACCACCGCCUACGCCCACUGCCCAGACUUCGUCAUCGGCUUCAGUCCUGAAUUGUUCGCGUACAAAGAAUGCACCGAGGACGGCACCUGGUGGAAGCACCCGAAGACCAACCGCUCCUGGUCCAAUUACACCACCUGCAUCAAGCCCGAAGAUGACGUGAGCGACAUCAUCGCCGUGUACGAGGCCGGCUACAGCGUGUCGCUGGUGGCGCUGCUCCUCUCGCUGGGCAUCCUCACAUACUUCAAGAGCCUGCGGUGCGCGCGCAUCACCGUGCACAUGAACUUGUUCGCGUCGUUCGCGCUGAACAACGCCAUGUGGCUGGCGUGGUACGGGCUGGUGGUGCGCGCGCCCGACACGCUGGCCGCGUCGCCGGCCUGGUGCCGCGCGCUCAACGCGCUGCUGCAGUACGCGCUGCUGACCAACUACACGUGGAUGCUGUGCGAGGGGCUGUACCUGCACACGGUGCUGGUGAGCGCGUUCGUGUCGGAGCGGCGGCUGGUGCGCGCGCUGCUGGCGGCGGGCUGGCUGCUGCCGGUGCCGUCGGCGGCCGUGCACGCCGCGCGCCGCCUCGCCGCCGACGAGCGCCUCUGCUGGAUGGACGAGGGCGCGCCGCGGCCCGAGCUGGCCGUGCUCGUGUGCGUCGCGGUGCUGCUCAACCUCGGCUUCCUGUGCAACAUCGUCCGCGUGCUGUGCACCAAGCUGCGCGCCGGCGGCGGCGUGGGCGGCGGCGCGGGCGGCGCGGCGCGGCCCUCCGCGACGGCGCUGCACGCGCUGCGGGCCACGUGCCUGCUGGCGCCGCUGCUGGGCCUGCAGUACCUGCUGACGCCGUUCCGGCCGGCGCAUACCGCCCGCUGGUGGCUCCUGUACGAGUUCGCGUCCGCGCUCACCACGUCGCUGCAGGGCCUCGUCGUCGCCGUCCUGUACUGCUUCUGCAACGGCGAGGUGCUCGCGCAGCUGCGCCGGCGGUGGCGGGUGCUGACGUUCCGGCCGCGCGCCAACUCCACCACCAACACGACCGUCUCGUUCGUGCGGUCGGCGGCGCCGGGCGCGGGCGAGGACAAGGUGUGACUGGCGGCGGGCGGCGGGCGGGACGCGGACGCGGAGGCGGAGGC